CGUGUUGGACUUGGUGGAAGGCCGUGGAGGCUGGAUUCUUGGAGUGGCUUGGAAAGCAACGGGUGGAGGUUGCGUUCUGUGAAGGGUUUGGGAGCAAGGAAGAGGUGUUUUUUCUCUUGCGACGCGUCAAUGGCAGUGCUGAAGAAGCGAGAGGUGUCCCUUGAAUUUGUGACAGAGCAGGAUGUCCCACAGAUGCGGAUGCGUUUGAUGUUGAUGAACGGAAGUCACAGAGUUGUCUGCGACAGGUUAUCUGGGUCGGGCGGUGAACGUUUUCUUCUGGAAGGUUCGUGUGUGUUGGUGCGAGCGCAGUGGAUGGCAAGCGAAAUUUUGUACUACGCAUGCGCUGUUGCGCGGUUGGAUGAGUGGACGAUGAGUGUGCUGGGCAUGUUCGUUUUGCCAACGCUCCGAGGUGGAUUUGAGUGGGAGGUCUGCUCCGGAGGGUGCAGAGUGGCACGGAGAUGUGCAGUGACAGGCGUGAGUUUUCUUGUUGAUGGGGGAUUUAGCUCUGGGGUGCAGUGCGGAUGCAGCUUUAAUGGGAAUGUGGUUUGCGAGCUGUGCUUUGAGAUGCGAGAAGAAGGGCGAAGAUGGUAUGUGGCACCUUGAGCCACGGGUUCUUGUCGGGUGUGGGUAGAACCCCGAGCAUCGCGCGUUCCUUAUGUGGCGGAGAUGUGGAAGGCCCGUCGGG